GUAUACCCAAGAUGCACCCAUGGCAGGCGAUGAUAAUAUCCGAUCUGGCUCUACGAGCGAUCCCGACUAUCAUGAUUACGAAGGGCAGACGGUGACGGUUCUCAUUGGCCUUAGCAGAAGAUGUUAUACAAUCUCAAUGUCCUUGCUCGAUAAGUUUCCGAGUCUAUAUUCUCUCUUGAAGACCAAUCCAGCUCCAAAGACACAAGAUACCUUUAAAAGCCUCUCACUGCCUGAUGUGGAUGAGAAUAUUGGGCACACUUUGAUGCAUUACCUUUACACCGGGGAUUUCCAACUUCGAAAAGCAUCAUCUACUAGCGACAUAUCUAAACGACAAGAGUAUUAUAACCAGAGCGUCCUAGCAUACUGUACAGCCUUAAACUACGGGCUAUGCGGGCUGCAAGGUCAGGCGAAGAGAUUUAUAGAAGUGUUCGGCCCAAGUGUUUACAUUCACGACAUUAUUGAUCUGACCAGGCAAGUCUACGGGACAGUUAGAGAUGAUCAAUGGUAUUUCGAGCACCUCACGGCAAGAAUCCAGGCAGCCUUCGAUGCAGAUGAAAGGAUAUUUUUGGAGGAAAAGUUUAUUGAUGGAUUUGAUGAAACUUCACCACUCAACAAGUUUCUUGUAGGGAUCAUGUCACGCGCGUACUACACCAAGUUAUGCUCCCUACGGUAAAACUGUCAGCAACUGGUGAUACAAACCCCGACACACUGUGCGAACCAUAUUACAGUAUUCAUACAGUGGGUAAAGUCUUUUGGGAGUUUACGUGAACAAGAGAAGGCUCUCGGUUGUUAUUCAGUCUCUUCCAAUUCCAAUACACCUCCACUCAGG